GCCAUAACCUUUAUAAUAAAAAGUGAAUGUUCAAUGUGACGUUUCUUCAAGUGUCUAUAGAAAUAACCGAUACAAAUUCUAAAUUCGUGAUUACUUUAUAAGUUGGUGUGACGUAUUGGAUUUACCACGCUUGAAAUGAUAUUAAAAGUUCAACCUUUUAAGAGUUAGUCGGAAGCUAUCGGUAGUGGUUGCUAGCCUCGCCACUAAACAAAAUAUUUACUUACGUGCAUAAACUUUUUACACGAUGGGCUGCUGGCAAUUUUUAGCAUUAUUUGUUUCACUAAGUGUUACGAUAAUAUAUGGUGCUGUAAUAUCUGACGAUGGCGACGUCGCCGAACAAGGACUGUACAGUAAGUCAGAUCACGUAAUUAUUCUAACUGGACGCAAUUUCGGAAGGAAGAUAUAUGCCAAACCAUAUGCCCAAGUGGUGCAAUUUUAUAGCAGUGGAUGCGGCCAUUGCAGAGCUUUUUCACCCAAAUUCAAAACCCUAGCAAGUGAAGUGAUACCCUGGCAGAAAGUGGUCAGAUUAGCCGUAAUUGACUGUGCCAAUGAAGAUAAUCUUGAUGCUUGCAGAGAUUUCCAAGUUAUGGCUUACCCUACGAUUCGUUUUUUGCAUGAACAGUUUCUCCAAGGGCCCAAUAAUAUUGGCCAGAAAAUACAAAUACCUGACACUGUUGAAAAGCUAAAGGGCAACAUAAUUAGCAAUUUGCAAGCUGAACAGCAAAGUGGACGUCUAGCUACAGCCCCCUCCCUGGCCAUUGGUUAUUAUAACAAUUAUGCUGAAGCAUUUCGUGAUGUGCCAAAUAACAUUUUACACUAUUUUCUAAUAUUUGAAAAUGCAAAUUCAACUGUGGGUUCUGAACUUAUUUUGGACAUGAUUGAUUAUAAGGAUGUUCAUGUAAAACGAGUGUAUGAUAACUGUGACCUAGCAUCUAUAGCACAAAUAACACACUCACCUGGCCUCGUGGUUGUUUCCAAGCCUACUUUACAACCCUCUAACCUUACACCAAAUGUUGCUUCAAAACAAAAUGUGGUAAAAGCUAUUACAAGAUAUUUGAUUUCUAAAAACUAUGUUUUCCCUGUUGUUAUUCAAGACCUAGAUCCAAAUACCCAUGAUUACCAUGACAAAAAGAGGCCUGCUGUAGAUGCAGAUAUAGUAUACUAUGCUGAUAUAGAAAAAGCUCUAAAAACUAUACUUACCACUGAAAUUCCAAGAUACAAUUCUUACAGUCUGGAACAACUUGAAGCUAUGUCUAAAUUUCUGGAGGUUGUAAGAGAUAAUUACCCAUACAGAGGCAAUGAUGCACUGCGAUCCUACUUGGUGGAGUUACUUGGUACAAUUAGAUAUAAUUCCAACUGGAAUGGAAAAGACCUACACAGUUUAGUUAGGAAUCUCGAGGCAAAACAUAGGCCUUUCAGGUCAAAUGAUUCUGAUUACAUUGGAUGUAAAGGAAGCCAACAAUCAUACCGAGGAUUCACUUGUGGAGUUUGGACAUUAUUCCACACAUUAACAGUGGGAGCUACAUCCAAAUCUGUGGCAGAAGGUCCUAAAGUGUUAAAAGCUAUGCAUGGAUAUGUGAAACAUUUCUUUGGUUGCACUGAAUGCUCACAACAUUUCCAAGAAAUGGCUGCAAAGAAUAGAUUGUUUGAUGUCAAAGACAAUGAUAAAGCUGUUCUAUGGCUGUGGAUAUCACACAAUGAAGUGAACUUGAGACUAGCUGGUGAUGUCACAGAAGAUCCAGAAUAUCCCAAAAUACAGUUCCCAAGUACAACUCGCUGCCCGGCAUGCAGGCUGGCUCGUGGUGCCUGGAACCUCCCUGUAGUGUAUGAAUAUUUGCUGAGGAUUUAUGGCAGCAACAACAUACAAGAUUUGAAGUUAAACUACAAUGGCAUCUCGUCAUCCAGCCCGCUCUCCAACCUGGACAUUGGAAUGCUAAGCGUCCUGUUACAUAUGGCAGCUUAGAUUUGUCGGUGAUGAAGUGACGUAGAACAAGACCUUUCUCUUCAGCCAGUUUUUACCACAGACGCGACAAGUGUUUCGACAGAGUCCGCGCCACACCGCCGACAGGUUCGUGUUGGAAAGUCUGCGUGCGACAGACGGAUUGUUUUCUUAAACUUGUUUGCCGACGAUCGAGGCAUGUGGAGCGGACGACUGUUGUUGCCACAUAAUCAUAUAUUCUACGUGCCAUGAGUUACCAUCCGAGUAGUAUGCUAACUUCAGUAAGGCAGGACCGAGUCUAGUUACAUCAUAAUAUCUACUUUACGUUCCUUUAUUACACGCCUCGUAAAUACAAUUGAAUCAUUUGUUUAGCAUUAUUUCCAUUAAACUGUUUAGUUACGUAUGUAUUUCUAUGUUCAAUUAAUAAUUAUUCACCGACAUCAAAGUAUGUAAUUAACUUUGAUGCAUGCCUACCUGACUUUAUUGGUUAAACGUAACGGCUCGGCAAAUACUUUUUUAUAUCAAAGUUUUUGUAAUUUGUUAUUAAGUUUCCAGUGAAAUUAAUUUAAACCUAUGCUAACAUCACAAAAAUAUGUUUAAUAUAAUGCAUGUCUAUUCAAAUCGAUCUCACCGCGGGAUACCUGUACCAGUGUCAUUUAAGUUUAUAUAAUCAAUGAACUGAAUUCAUUUUAAAUUAAAUUUUGUUCGGAUUCAAUAUUAUGUAAUAUCCUAGUGAUGUAAGUUAUGUUUUCUAAUUAAUUCUACCCAGAGGUCUGUAGCGAUAUGUUUUUUGUUUAAGUAGGAGUAACAGAACAAAGGUAGCAGUUCGCAACCCAACCACGAGGGUGUAUCGGGUUGUGAAUUGGUAUCUUCAAAGGUACAAUAUGAUAUUAUUAUGGCAUAGUGUUAGCGGCGUCCGUGCCUCCAUGGGGUGUUGCAAGCGAACGUGCUCCCAGUUGCACAGUCCAAUACGGUAUGCUCGCGGAAGGACAUAAAUAAUAUACCUAGGUAGUAGUUGUUAAAUAAAAAAAAAGAUGAGCACGCGACAGCACAAAUACAUAAAAAUAGUUUGUUGUAGGUAUCUUGACGUGCAUUCUAUUUUUUCUACUAAUUACUGUUCUUGGAAUCUUUAAAACUUAUCAGUAGAUACUACAUUUUCUUGUUUGUAAAAAAUGUUUAUGGCAAUUUGACGUGCGGAUAACAACUAAAAUACAAACUACGCUGUUCUUAUCUCUACCGUCCGCAUUAUUCGAAUUGCGUGUUGUUCGCAAAAGACAGCAUGUAAGACCAUUUUUAACAACGGUGUUUAAAACUAUCCUCCAAAUAUUUCUUGGAAAUUAUUUAUAUUUUUGUAUAAUUUAUCUUUUUUAUUACUUUUUAAAUAUGUGAGUAAUUAUAUAAGAAUUAGUAGACAAGGGGACAAUUAGGUAAUAAUAAUAUGUAAAAUCUGUAAAUAAGUUUGUGUUU